AUGAGUGAUAGGUUUGAGUGUGUUUUCAAUCAUGAGGGUGUGUUUGGUGUGUUUAACAGACUAGGUUACAAGGGGUUAGAGGAGAUUUGGGAUGUUGACCCCGAUUUUUGGAGUUAUUCUGAGAUUCUGGAUGGGUUAAGAGACUUAGGGUACCCAAAAUUAGAUAGCUUGUGGUGUUAUGAUGCAAUGGAUGAUAAUGAGUUAGGGUUGUUGCAAGACGCUGCAAGAACAAAUAGACUGAAAAUUAUUGCACUGAUUACUGGGAAUGUGCAUCUAUAUAUAAUGCAUCCAGUGUUUGAGGAAGAGAAAACACUGCCUCUUAAAAACAAUGCAUGUCCCAAUGGUGUAGAAGACCAGAACUUGGAAGAUUUGAAUAAUGUUAUUAUAAUAGGAACUGGCUUCAGGACCAUUGCAGAUUUGAAUAAUAUAGGUAACAAAUUUGAUGAAGGAGGGCCCACUGGUGUAGAAGAUUCAGCUACAGUUGACCAAGAAGGUUUAUUUGUGGAAGUUAAUAUGGAUGGGACCACUGAGAGAAUUAACAAAAAAGAGUCAUGUUCGGAUGGGACCACUGGUUGGGCAACAAAAUUCAAAGUAAUGUAA